AUGCCCCUUCGUGCAACCGUUGUGACUAUCGAGACAAUUCUCGCGACAGCUUCCAGGAACAUGAUCAGCACAGAGCACAAGUACGUAGAACGUAGGGCUUGCAAACGCGUCGUGCCGAUGCAAGUCCUGGUACUGGGAUUGGGUCGGACGGGUACUGAGUCGAUUCGGAAGGCGCUGGUCCAUCUGGGGUACGACGGCACCUAUCAUGGCUAUACCGCCGCGGUAGAGAGUCCACUUGACUGUGUGCUAUGGCUCGAGGCCCUGGCAGGAAAAUUCGACAAAACCAGGGAACAAUAUGACAUUGAUGACUGGGACAACCUGUUGGGAAAUUACCAGGCUGUGUGCGAUAUACCAGCCGUUUGCUUUGCAGAGGAGUUGAUCCGUACCUAUCCUAACGCCAAAGUCAUUUUAUCCAAUCGACAUGUCGAUAUUUGGCAUGCGUCGGUGAAAACGGCUUUGCUUGCAAACAUGUUCAACUGGUGGGUUGCAUUGGUCGACUUUCUUGCGUGGCUUACCAGAAGUCGUCAUCGCUUCGCGAGACGAAUGUUUAUCAAAGCAUUCGACUCCUACUUUGGUGACUUCGAGAAAAAUGGGAAAGCCGUCUUCGAGGAACAUUACAGUAUGGUCCGCCGACUGUGUGGAGAGAAACAUCUGGAAUACAGCGUUGAAGAAGGUUGGGAGCCGCUAUGUCGAUUCUUGGGUAAAGAGGUGCCGCAGAUCCCAUUUCCCAACGGUAAUGCCAGAGCUGAAACAACCGCUCGAAUACAGGCAAUCGUGGGGGUAGAAGUCAGACGCCUCAUAAGGUUGGCCUCGUGGAUGGCCGCGGCGAUGGUGUUUAUCUUGGUGGUGGCCUGGGCUCUGUUGGUCUCUUUGCGAUUCGGGUAG